AUGGUGGUCAUAUCAGUAACAAGCCUGGCGGGAGAAACGUUGCUUGAAGCAAUUGAACUUCCUGAGCCAGUCACUGGAAAACAGAUCAUUGAACAGCUACCAGGGCCGACAACCCGCUUCGACAAACUUCUUCGAGACAGCGAGUCUUUGGAUCUUUCUGCCGAGCUGCGCGUGGACGGUGAAGCAACCAUCAGUCUGAUGUUCGUUCGGGUGGACGCGGGCUUGCUGGCCGGACUGGAAGAUGACACCAUCGAGGUGCUGAAAAGCUUCGGAGCGAUUCAGGAUGCCCCGCCUGGCUUCCCUCACAUGACGUGCUGCCUGAACUUGGCGAAGGAGGACAAGCAGCGCUUCAGUGGAGGAGGGUUUGGGGGCACCGAGUCGACACGCCAUGUGCUUCUGCUUCCGGACGGGCGGAUUCUGGCCAAAUAUCAUUACGAGAGCGACUACAUGGAAAAGAGCGGCGACUACAGCUGUACUUGCUGCUGGGAGAUAGCUGAGGGAAUCUUCUCCCCCACCGACGAGCCUGGUUGCCUCUGCAUUUCAUGGACGGGCUGGGCUGAGCUGCGUCACAGAAGUGACGAGCCCUUCGGCCCAGGGACCAUUACGGGCAACUGGGAACAAAAGCUCAUAGAUGCGGAGCACCGGCGGGUGCCGUCCACCUUGGUGCCAACAGACCAAGGCAUUUUGAACCUCCAGAAACUCUGUCGGGCCUGGGCAGAAGAGGAUGCAGGUUCUGGCGUGGCAUGUGCACGCAGAACAUGUGCCCGAACCAAAGCAUCGCUGAAUAUGCCCAAGCUGGAUGCCGGCACUUUGGGAAGUCUUAGCAUGCAUCCAUCCUUCUUGCACUUUGUGCAGGAGGCGUGUCAUCCUCUCACGGCAGUCGUUCUCUCCCCGUCGCCGAGGAUCAGGGAAAAGGUGGAUGUUGAGCGUAAGGGCAAACUACUGUCGCCCUUGGAAGGCUCCCCAACAAAAGUGCAGGAAGCUGGGGAAGGCGCAGACGAAGGAUGCGCCGAGCCACCUGCAGGCCGGACGAAGGAAGUGGAAUCCAAUGGUCGAGGUGCCCACAAUCCCAAUGCGGCCUUAGCACAGGCCUCGCCACCAUUCUUUUGGCGACGCCAAGGCAGCCCAAAUCUGAUCCUAACGACGCGGCAGAGUUCGGAGGAGCCGAAGUCACCACCAGAAGCGCGCUUGCCACGUGAUGUGACGCUUGUUCGGAAUCCCCAGGUCUUCAGAAGGACCGAGGUGAAGACGGCGAAUGCCCGCAAAGGAUCACCCACGCAGUGGAGGAUGGCAAGCUCCGCGAGCACGGCUUUGCCAUCCAAUGCGUCGACGAGCAGCAGCUCAACCUCUGCACAAAGUUGCAGAGCUACACGCAGACUCGUCGCUUAUGCCAAUGUGCAGUCGGCCGUGCAUGUCCAGCAUUCUGUUUCGACAGCAGCGCCACGCUCCGCAGGUCGCCGGGCAGCUGGCAACCUCCAGUCGUCGCCCAGGAGCCCAGGCUCACCAAUUCGGACUUUGCCAUCAGCAGUUGCGGGCUCUCCACGUGAGGUGCACGUUGCGCGAUCGGUCAGUCCGCGUACCAAAGCCAGUCGAACAGAGAGCCCGAAGAUGUCCAGGACUCCAGCUGCGAUGACGGCACCCAAGGCAGCGGUGCCAAAAGUGGCAAGGCAAGAGAGUCCCCGCUUGAAGUCGGGGAGCCUUCCAUCCAGUGCGGUGUGUCCUGCGCGGCCAAAGAAAGGGGCAGCAAGGCCUGAAAGCCCAGACCGCACCAAGGCUCGCCGGCCUCCCGGUGCCACCAAAGAGGAUACGCGCUCCAUGGCUUCUCCAGACACAUGCACCAGGACAUCGCGGAAGUCGAUCGAUACCUGUGGGGAGGAGAAGGCUACUCCAGGAGAUCUUGGCUUCCUUGUGAACCAGGCCUACUUAGGUUCACAGCUUAGCCUGUCUUUGAGCAGCAACUCCCUGUUGGAUCCCGGCGAUGGCAAGCUGCCGUUGCGGCCACUGGGUGGAGGCUACAGCUUGACGGCCCCAAGCGGGCCAAGCAGGACAGCACCCUGCAAUGCUGCCCGGGUGAAUGCUUUCAUGGCUCUCCAAGAAGGUAGAGCCAAGUCCAUGCUGGUGCCAGCCGCCAAGCCAAUGGCGCCUCAAGGGGCGCCUGCUCGACAACACCCUUCGCAUGUUCCACUCCACAGUCCAGUGGCUUCUGGGCUUCCGCAAUACGCAGGAUCCAGGUCAUGGCAGCCAUGCACUGCGGCAGGAGGAUAUCCAGUUCAACCUGGCCUGCACCGGAUCGUUUGA